AUGGACACCUCCGACGGGCAUCUUCUGCCGCUUUCGAAUCUGUCGCGUUCGGGCAGUAUCGAGUUCAGAGAUGCGGUUAUUAACGAGAAAUGGGUGCAUUCGGCGAACCGACGCAAAGGACACUUGACGCCAAAAGCUGUAAAUGAUCCAAUUAUUCUAGUAACAAUAUGAAAAUGUUCUAUUACAGCCCGAAAAGAAGAGCGGAUGGUUCGGAAAGCACAAAUCGGAGGAGGAGAAGCUGAUGGAGCGAGUGGAACAGCACGAGUUGGAGGAAUUGCAGACGUUCAUUGCCCAGAAGCUGUUCCGUGUCGACGGAAUUCUGUGUGAUGAGCAGACGAGGAUUCUGCUCGUCGAGAAAUUGAUGAAUGCGAAGGAGUAUCCGACGAUCGCACACGAAGAGCUCGUUUACAGAUAUGGGUACGUUACAUCUUAUUCUUACCAAUUAUCAAAAUCUCUAAUUGACAGAAGUUCAAUGGCGGGUUGGCUGCGCGAUCGUCUCGUUCCUUCGAUGUCGGACUGCAGCUCGGUUCUCCAGCGAGCCGCCACCGAAUUCUACAAGAACAAGCUGUCAGAUCCGCUCUCCAAUUGGGGUCAAAUGAAUUCAGAGCACGUUUCGAUGGUGGCCGCCCGCAUCGCGAAGUUCUCGGAGGAAAUGUCGUCGAAAGUAAAGUGGUCGUUGCUCGUGGAGCCUGGCAGGUUCAGUUGUCAUUUGACCGAAUUUGUGCUCGAAUACAACCGAUUGGAGCGGAUGUUCGCGAACAACGAGCUGUCGGCUGAAGAGUCGUCUCAGACAGCAUUCAAUGCGAAUUAUCUAACAAAAGCGAGAAGUAAAAUGGUUCCGUGUGUAGAUUACACGAGAGUGAAACUGGAGGACGGACUGGGCAGACUGGACAAUCGAAGUGCUCUUAUGGACGGAAUUUUCAGUGGGGAGCACGAGUUCGAGAAGAGCGAGGAUGAGAAAACGAGCACUUAGUCAGUUUUCAAGCGAAAAUCCAAUGAAAUCAUUUAAAUGUUCCAGCGGCACAACGGACUUCAUCCACGCGAACUAUGUCAAAGGCGGCCCCCUUCUGAACACGUUCAUUUGCGCCCAAGCACCCCUUCAGAACACACAGGAAGACUUCUGGCGCAUGGUGUUCCAGGAGAAGUGUCAGUUCAUCGUUAUGCUCAAUUCGGCCGUCGAUUCUUCCUCUCUCGGACCUUUGGACGCAGCGAAUCGCAACCAUUGUCCGUAUUAUUGGCCACGAGCCGAAAAGCAGUUAUUGGAGUUCGGAGUAUUCCGUAUCACGUGCAUUAGUGUCGACUCAAAGGCCGAUCCGUUGUUCACAAUCACCCGAUUGAAAGUGCAAAAGAUGGGCGGCGACUUGAUGGACGACGAUGACGAUGAGCUCAUUCUGGAGCACUGGCAGUGGGAUUGGCAGUAUCUCGGAGAUGUGCACUGGCCGUUCCGUGUUCUCAGAAAGUAAUAAAGUCUGUAAAAACCUCGUUAUUUCCCCUUGUUUCAGAGCACGUCAACUGCCUACUCCGACGAUUGUGCAGUGCAUCGACGGCUGCUCCAAGUCCGGCACUCUGGUCGCCAUCGAAGCCGCCCUCAUGCACUUUGUGCGCGGCUCCCCGGUCACCAAGUCGCUCAUCCUCCAGUCGUGCGUCUUCGUCCGCCUCCAACGCCGUCUGUCCGUCUCGUCGACCCUUCUCUACCUCUUCAUCUACCGCGUCGUUCUCCGUUGGAUAGAGCCGUACGUCGGCAAGUUCUACGAGCGAGCGGCACUCGGAUUGCGAUUCAAAUCGAUCGGAUUCAUCCAGAAGUACACGGCAAUGAUUCAGGAAUUCAGUCGCAUCACUCCUGCCUACUAA